UAUUCCUGUUCCGAUUGGGCAAGCAGUACGCGACAUCCAGCAACUUGUCCAGGCACAAACAAACGCACAGAUCCUUGGAUUCGCAGUUGGCCAGGAAAUGCGAAUCAUGCGGUAAGGCCUGUUCCAUGGCAGCCUUGGCUAUGCAUCAGCUUACUCAUCGUCUGGCACACAGAUGUCGACUGUGCGGAAAAUUGUUCUCCAGACCUUGGUUACUGCAAGGACACUUGAGGUCUCAUACUGGUGAAAAACCUUACGGUUGUGCCCACUGCGGCAAGGCAUUUGCAGACAGAUCCAUCUCCGAGCACACAUGCAGACGCACAAUGCUGAUAAAAAACACGAGUGCACCAGAUUGUACAAGACUCUGCCAAAGUCCAGAACAUCGGACAAGAUCUAAUCAGUCUGAUCACAUUGAUCAACAAUUUGAUUAUCAAGGUAUGAAAUAUGAUGCGAGUAGACAAUUUGGACAUCAUAAUAAAGAAGAAGAUGUUGUCAGGCCGGGAUUUUAUCAGGAAGUGGUAAUUGUUAUGUGGAUGGUGGUAAAA